GUCCUCUCUGCGGUGCUUGCUCUGCAACUGACAGAAGCCUUGGAGUCACUCCUCGAUGCCAUUGGCACUCGGGUACUGUCUAUGGUGGAUCAGUGCAGGCGUAGUACAUUGAUACGUGUGCUGCAGUGUCACGCCGCCUUUGGCCUUCGGGACGAUGUUCUCGUAUUGCGUCUCCUUACGACAUUGGAGGAACAGUGCAGUCGUGAAAUACGACUAGACAUAUCACAAGUCCUUACUCUGCUUCAGGCAACAGUUGACUUGGAUUUUCCUAUUCCUUCAAAGCUGGCUGUCAACUGCUUUGUUUGUUUGGAGCAUCACGUUGAUCGCAUGACGAUGGCCCAAUUGGGUCAUGCCGCACGUCUGGCGGUGGAGGUGGAAAUGGGGUAUACUGCAUCUGUGCAUGCUGUGGCAAUGCGAGCGUUGGAGCAUCGGGAAGCACUACGGACCAAUGCAACGUUUCGUGAAUCAGUGGAGCUACUUUGUGAUGAGUUCAGUGUGGAAAUACCGUGGCAUAUGAGGCCCACUGUGCUGCGCAAGCGUUACCAGGAAGAGAGACUGAACGAUUACAUUAACAAGCGGCGAUUAGCCUCAUCAAAUGGAUUGAACUAA